UUUGGACGUUCGUUGGGACUUCGCUGCCAUAAUGGUUCGGGUGAAGGUGCGUGUGUUCACGUUCCCACCCGACCCGAGGAAGCAGAACUCGUAUGUCGUCGGUACAAUCGAGGGUGGUCUGCUGCCUGUUGUGGGCACGCUCAACUUGGAUGAUAAGGAGGUCAGCACGGUGACGUUCACUCAAUUGCGGGUGCGCAUUGAGCUGCUGCAAGUCAAGGACGUGAUCCGACGCAGCGUCAUGUUCCAGGAGGUGCUGGCGCUCAUCGCAACGUCUCCGAACCCACACAACUGGCCGCCCAACGCUAUGCAGACCUACUGGUUUGGCCACUUCAUAGAUGAAAGCGAAACUAUUCCGCACGUCAUUGCGGCUUCCGACGAGGACUGCCCCAUUAACCAGUUCUUGAACAUGAUAACGUCCAAACAAACGGGCGACUUGAUCCUCGUCCCGCAGACGCAGCUCGGUCCUGUAUGUGAACAAUGUUGCGAAGGUUGUACACUCUGUCCGCCCAUCCAAAGCAGCAACAACCAGUAAAAACCCAACGCAACAAACAGUUCAACGCCGUGUUCUGUGU